UAACGGUGGUUGCCAGUGAAGAAGAAGAAACACUAGAAGACAGAGAAAAAGAACACAUAAUUCUCUAUGUGGAUUUGGUGGACCUAGAUGAAGAAUGGAGAGUCCGGAGUUAAGUUUUACUCUGGCGUACAUCGUGUUCUCUCUCUGCUUCGUGUUUACGCCCAACGAGUUCCGUUCCGCCGGUUUGACCAUCCAGAAUCUGUUUUCGUCCUGGCUGGGGAGUGAAGAUGUGGGCUUCAUUCAGUACCACGUCAGGCGGACCAGCAUUACCUUACUGGUUCACUCUGCACUGCCUUUAGGUUACUAUUUGGGAAUGUGCAUCGCUGCUCCAGAAAAGAACCUGGGAUCCAUUCACCAGGUGAGUGACAGCUGGAGAGCAUUCCUCCUUCUCUCACUGUGCAUCCAGUUGACCAGCUGGACACUAGUCAUCUACUGGGCCCGUCGUCGCUGGCACAACCAUCCAAUCAGCCGGGCCCUGCAGUCCCACAUACAGCCUCCUCACUCGGGCUGGGGCUCUGUGGCAACCAGCGUCAACGAUGAGUUCAGACGCAUCGACAAGUUUGCUACAGGGGCCCCUGGAGCCAGAGUGAUCGUCACUGACAGCUGGGUGUUAAAGGUGACCACCUAUCAUGUCUACAUGGCCUUACAGAUGGAAUGUCAUGUGACAGUGACAGAUUCUCGCCAGCACCAGCUGACUCCAGACUCCGCCUCCCCUGCACAGAUCCUCACACUGACUGUGGGCAGCAUCAACCCGGCUGUCAGACCCUUCGAUAUCAGGCUAAUCUCGACAGAGUAUGCAGAGCUCAGGGAGAAGCUCCAUGCUCCCAUCAGAAACUCUGCCAAUGUAGUGAUCCACCAAACCAUGACCGAACUCUUCCUGGAAACCUUUAGGGCUCAGGUGGAUCUCAAUCACCCAUACACACUCCCCAGUGGACAGGAGGUAGAACCCUGUAUCGGCUGUAUGCAGGUACCAGCCAACACCAAGCUGGUCCGGCUCUGCCACACAGAAGGAGCUGAUACAGAGUCCGAGUGCCAGCAGUGUUUCUGCAGACCCAUGUGGUGCCUGUCCUGUCUGGGUAGAUGGUUUGCCAGCCGGCAAGACCAGCAAAGACCCGAGACCUGGUUGUCCAGCAGAGUCCCCUGCCCCACCUGUAGAGCCAAGUUCUGUAUACUGGACAUAUGUGUGGUCAACUGACUGACCUAAAGACAGAUCCAAAGAGACUUCCUGCUCUUUCAGUCAUGUGGAGGUGUGCUUUAAGCAACAUCUAGCAGACAGACCUCUGCUAAAGAAGUAGUGUACGGAACAUUAGACUGACCUUGUACCUGCGCACUCUGUGCUUUCAAAAAGUAGUCGUUGUUUACAGUUACAACAUCGCUCUGGUAAACAUUUGCUUUAACCAUAACAUUGUGUAAAACAUUUUGGGAGAUAUGAUUGUUUGGUUUUUCCCUCUGUCAGAUAGCACAGACCACAUCAGGUACCGUGUCCGUGAGAAAACGUCCACAAUGUGUUUAAGUUGGCAUAAAGAUUGAAUGCAGGAAAAAGAAACGAGUGAAAACGUUUCCAUGCCAAUGUUUCAUUUUCAGCCUAGGUCUUGCACUCAAAACCAAAUUACUAUCCCUUAAUUAUCAGGCAGGGAUGUUCCUAGGAUCAAGGUGCAACAAGGGAAACCCAGUGAAUCCAGUAUAUUCUGGACUGAUGCAUGCCCAUUAAUGUAAGUGUGUUCAGAAAUGAGCUCUGUCUAUAGUAACACUCCUCACCAUUCAUCUCACACACAUUAAGACAUAUUCAGUGGGCAAAAACCCAUUUUAAUGUUCAAGUGCAGUUACAAGGCUGCUUACCAUAGCCUACGUCUGACUCCAUGUUUCCUCUCAUCCACAACAAUCUUUUAAAAGUGUGCGGUUACAAAUCAAAGUUUUACUUCCUUAAGGAUGGGUCAACACUUGUGCCUUCAAAUGUGUAGGGCUUAAAAACAUUGUUUAUUUAGCCAAAAUGAGAUAUGUACACAGCUAACAAACCUGUUUAGCAUUACGAGUAUUAGUGAGUUAGUGAAACAUCUGACUUGUGUUAAUGUGUUGCUGAGACGGACCAAAUGGUCUAAAACACAUUCAACUUUAUCCUGAUUUGUCCAUUAGAACAAUGCCAUUUUCAUGUCAAUGAUCAGAAGAAAGAAUGGGUUGAAUAUUUACUGAGGUAACCGUAGGGUGUUACAAUAAGUCACAAUCUGUGUUCGCAAUCACUCCUCUCACUCCGCUGUCUCUGUCUCUUAAACAUCGGCUAAAACAGUGUCAGGAUCCUUCUCAAAUCUUCAGUUUCAGGGGUUGUAAAACUUAGAGCAGUGUGGAUGCUACGCAUAAUCCCAGUAGAACUUUGCUUUGCAUAAUGGGAGUGAGGAUGUAUCCUAAAAGUGGAUAUAUCUCACCUUUUACUGUAACAACAUUUUCUAUAAAAUCUGUCUCAAAAGUCCCUACCUUAAAGAGGUGGGAUAUUAAGUCACUCUAGUGGCCCUUCAAUGUGUUUCAUUAUAAAAGUGUACUGUGGCCUUUGAUUAUCUGUUCUUACAAUGUAUAUCAGUCUGUUGCAUCAAUGUGUGGUUUGUAAGAAAUUACAGCGGGGUAAUAUAUUUAUAAAAUAUUUAAAUGUA